CAACCAUCUCCUCACAGCCUCAGCUCCUUCUCCCCUUCCUUUCUUCCUGUCGUCGAGCUUCAAAUUUCUUGAAGGCCGACCACCACCAUCGGCAGCAGCAGCAAUGGAUACCUCCCUGAAGUUUGACGUCAAGAUUGCCGACCCCGUCCUCGUCCCUCCAGCUAAACCCACUCCCUACGAGCUCAAACCUCUGUCUGACAUUGACGACCAAGAUGGCUUCAGGUUUCAGAUCCCCGUCAUCCAGUUCUAUCGUCGGAACCCAGCCAUGGACGGCCGGGACCCGGCCGCCGUCAUGAAGGACGCACUGGCGAAAGCGCUGGUGUUCUACUACCCCUUCGCCGGGAGGCUGCGGGAAGGCCCCAACCGGAAGUUGACGGUGGAGUGCACCGGCGAAGGCGUUCUCUUCGUCGAGGCCGACGCCGACGUUACGUUGGAAGAAUUUGGGGACGCCCUGCAGCCACCAUUCCCCUGUUUCGAAAAACUCCUCUACGAAGUCCCUGCUUCUGGGGAGGUCACCAACUGCCCUUUGUUGCUAUUUCAGGUGACGCGUCUGAGAUGUGGGGGUUUCAUCUGGGCAGUGCGGCUCAAUCACACCAUGAGUGAUGCCUCUGGCCUCAUGCAGUUCCUGACGGCGGUAUGCGAGAUGGCGAAGGGAGCGGCGGCGCCGUCGGUGCUGCCGGUCUGGGAGCGCCACCUCCUCAACGCCCGGAACCCGCCGGCGGUGACGCGGGUGCAUCGCGAGUACGAGGACGUCCCCGACACCAAGAACACGCUGAUGCCGCUGGACGACAUGGCCCACAAAUCCUUCUUUUUCGGCGCCAGAGAGGUGCAGGCGCUUCGCCGCCAGCUCCCUCCCCACCUCCGGGACGCCGCCACCUCCUUCGAGAUCAUCACUGGCUGCCUGUGGCGAUGCCGAACCAUCGCGCUCCAGCCUGAUCCCGAGGAGGUUUUUCGCCUGUUGUGUAUCUUCAAUGCGCGGUCCAAGUACCAGCCACAGCUGCCGCAGGGCUACUACGGCAACGCGUUCUCUCUACCGGCGGCCGUCUCGACGGCAGCCAAGCUCAGCAUCAACCCGCUGGGCUACGCCGUGGAGCUGGUGAGGAAGGCCAAGGCAGACGUGACGGACGAGUACAUGCGGUCGGUGGCAGACCUCAUGGUGCUCAAGGGAAGGCCGCAUUUCACGGUCGUGCGCGCCUUCGUGGUGUCGGACAUCAGGAAGGCUGGGUUCAGCGAGCUGGACCUCGGCUGGGGGAUGCCUGUCUACGGCGGUGCCGCCAAAGGCGGCGUCGGCGCAAUUCCUGGAGUCGCCAGCUUCUUCAUGAAGUUCAAGAACAAGCAUGGAGAAGAGGGGGCAGUGAUUCCGGUCUGUUUGCCGUCUCCGGCCAUGGUGAUCUUUGAACAGGAGGUCAAGAAGAUGCUCGACGGACCGUCAUCAAAUCUGAAACAGCCAGCCCCCGCUUUCAUUUUAUCUGCUCUAUGAGUGAAUUGUCGUUCCUUGCAGUAACAAGGAAUCUGAAUUGUAAAAACAACACCCCCAUCUAUUAUAUGUGUAUGUAUUCUUCCUCCGUUACGUGCUUACGCUAAUGAAAUAAUACGCAUGAAACUUUUAUGAA